GUUAUGAUCCCAUCCAAUUUAGUCUUACAAAAAUGCGCGAAUCCAAGCAAAAUGAAGCAGGAACAUCUUCGAAAGGAUGGGCUCUAUUUGGAAUCUUUUCUUGCAUAUUCUUUGUCAUUUCAACAUUGUUCUGCUGCGGUGGCUUUAUUUACAAGACUCAAGUACAAAGACAGCAUGGAAUUGAUGCACUGCCUGGCAUGACCAUUUUAUCUGCAUGUUUGGAGACUGUGAGUGGUGGGGGAGGUUACAUGCGGGCGGAUGAUUUUAAUGGUGCGUAUGCAAGUCAAGCCUCAUGGACCCGUGAGCCUGUUUCGGAUGCAGGAUCUUCAAGAACAAGUGAGAGAAGAUAUGGGACCUAAUCACCCUUCUCAACGUGUCAUGGCUUAUACUGCUCUUAUACGUUAAACUCAAAAGAGAUUAUGAUAGUUUCUGUAUGUCAGUUUUCUUUGUAUUUCUGUAUCCAUCUAUUUCAAUUUUGAAAACGAAAGUAUACCUGAUACAUUGUGUUGUAACAGAAGCCACUUGGGUAUAUUUUGACAAAAUCCCAUUGUGUUAGUAUUUUUAUAAUUUCUUUUCGAAA